AUGACGCCGGACGACGACGAACGCGCGAUGCAGGCGCUGCGGGCGACGACGACGGCGCGCGAGGACGCGCGGUACGCGAGGACGACGCUGGAUUCGCUGCCGAUGGAGAUCGUGCAGGAGAUUUUGGCGAGACGGGUGCGGGACGACGGCGCGCGCGGGACGACGACGGCGGCGGCGCUGCGAUGCGUGUCGAGGACGUUCCGCGACGCGAUCGAGCGGGAACCGGCGAUGUUUUACGAGGAAUUCGAUAUUUCGUAUGGGUUCUGCGCGGCGACGGACGCGAGGAUGCGGGCGUACGCGAAAAAGAAUGUGUUUGGCGGCGUUCGGCGGUUGAAUUUGUCGGGGUGCGGGAAGUUGACGGACGCGACGUUGCGCCUGCUUGGAGAGAGUUGCGAGUCGCUGGAGAGCGUAGUUUUUAGUGGUGGAUCAUUUACGAAAUCGGCCAUGAUCGCCUUUGCGGAGCAGCGACCGGGUCUGGCGGCGAUUAAGAUAGAUUUGAGCUCGCCAAAGAUGACGCCCGCGGACGUACUCGAAGUCUUUGAGUACUUUAUCGCUCGUAAUUGCGACACGUUGCGAAGUGUCAGUUGCGGACGAGAAGCGCCGUACUCUCCUCACGAGCGCCGGGCGUUCUCGACGCGAGCGGUCAGAUUAUUCGAGACGAUAAGGCGCUGCGGCGAGCUUCGCUCGCUCGACCUCACGAAUUGCGGCGAAGACGUGCGGUUUCCGCUCUUCAGCAUGCAGCGCGCGCUUCCGCAUUUACAAGAGCUCAAGCUAAAUCAUUUUGGCGGAGAAUCAGGAUGGCGCAUCGUGGGCGAUAUUGGCGAAGAUUUCGAACACACGUGCUGGAAAGACUUGCGCGUGCUCGAAAUUGCGGUGUCCAUGGAGACGACGAGCGUCGGGCAUCGAUACGGCAACUCGAACGUGAACGACGAGACGAUGAUAUCCAUGUUGUACGGAUCGAUAGAGAGCAUCGAAAUUCUCGAUCUCACGGGGUGCACGCACAUAGGGGACUGGCGCAACCUCGUGUGGGAUCGCCUGCCGACGCGGCUCAAGACGCUUCGAUGCGCGCGUACCCCGAUUUCCUCCGACGACGGCGCGGUGGCGCACAUCCUCGCUCAUCUCUGUCCCGCGCUCGAAGUCCUCGAGCUUGCAGACGUAGGUGCGAACGCGAGGUUCGUCACCGACGCCGCGUUCGAGCAACUCUUCGCCCACGAAGGCCCAGACUUUCCGCUUCGAGUCUUGCGCGUCCCCGGAUCCGGCGUCACCACCUCCACGAUCAAACACCUCGUCUCCGGUCGCCACGGCCGCUUUCCGAACCUCCGCACGAUCGAUUUAGCGUCUUGUCGCUCGCUCCCACGCGAGCUCAGACGCAUUUCCCUCGACACCUUCCCGCGCGACAACGUCUCGGCGCUUCGCCGCGCGCUCGCCGCCGACGCCGCCGCCGACGCGGACGCCGACUCCGACGCCGCCGACGCCACCACCACCACCACCGACGACGUCAUCUUCGUCGCCGAUCUCCGCGACCGCGCCGCCUCGGCCAAACGACCGCGCGCCGCGCGCGAGAGAGACCCGCCUCGCGCGCGCCGACCAAAGCCGCGCGCGUGA